AUAUAUAUGUGAGCAUGAAACUUUAACACAGAAAACAGACACUGUUUCUGUUGUGGCUAGCAUCGGCUGCCUCUAUAUUGACGAUAAUGACCAUCAACGUUUUCUUUGCAACUCUACUUGUUGGGCUGUGUUAUGCAUCUCUACAGCCAACUAUCAAAGAAAACUCAGAGAAGAAUGGUCUGACAUUCUCCUUUCCAAAGAUCCCUGGUGUUGAUACAGUUGCAAUGACCUACUCCCUUCAUGAUCAAGAUGUCAGUUUACCUGAGGCCUCCAACUCUGUGAGGGUGUAUAAAAAUGCUCAUGGAUCGUUCACUUACAAUGUUCCAACUGGGGAAGCAUUUACUGGGAAGAAAGUGCUUGAGUAUGCAGUAAAAUAUCUGUUUGCAACUGGCCAUGUUGUGUUCCACCUUGAGGAUACGUAUACAAUUCCCGCUGCCUCAUCUCUUAGUCCACGACUCUACAGGCGUAGCCAUACCGUGAUGUAUGACGACUUCCAUUCAAGCCAUCUUGACAGCAGCAAAUGGAAGCAUGAAAUCACUUGUUGGGGAGGAGGGGGUGGUCAGUUCCAGAUGUACACACCGGAAUCUGCCAACACCUACAUAAAGAAUGGCGUCCUCUACCUCAAACCGACGCUUACGGCAGACAAGUUCGGAGAAAACUUCCUUAAUCACGGAGAUUUGGAUGUCAGAAAGCAAUGGGGAUCGUGCACAUACUACAGUGACAACGGAUGCCACCGUCUGGGAUCGAAGAAUGAAAUCCCACCUAUCAUGUCAUCUAAACUCUAUUCCAAGGCUUCCAUCACCUACGGAAGAAUAGAAGUCGUUGCACAGUUACCUAAAGGAGAUUGGUUAUGGCCAGCCAUUUGGAUGCUUCCACCUACAAGACCUUGGAAGUAUGGUGGAUGGCCAAUUUCCGGUGAAAUAGACAUAAUGGAAUCAAGAGGAAACGUUAAUCUGAAGGACUCAGGAGGACACGACCGAGGCGUCCACGUGGCGUUCUCCACCCUCCACUGGGGCACUUCAAGUCAACAUCGACAACAGUCUCAUUCAGCGACGGGCUCAUGGGGGGAUGGCUUCCACACUUACGCCAUUGACUGGACCGCAGACCACAUAAGGACUGAAAUAGAUCAUCAUCCACUGGAGGUCAUGCCGACUCCUUCCAACGGAUUCUAUUCAUACAGUCAUCUCUCUGGCACCAAUCCCUGGGCGAAAGGUGGUAAAAACGCCCCUUUUGAUGGACCGAUGAGUCUUAUCUUGAACGUUGCUGUGGGUGCCACGGAUGGCUAUUUCUCUGAUUCGUAUCAUAAUGCUAACGGUAAGCCAUGGAGGGACAGCUCUCACACUGCUAUGAUGGACUUCUGGAAGAACAAGCACCAAUGGCAGUCUACUUGGCAUGGUGAAGACGUCGCCAUGAAGAUCAGGUCCGUCAAGAUGAUACAGUAUUAAAUUUCUUCUCAGAUGAUUUGGAGAAAUGUCACUUCACAAUAAAUAUUAUUUGGCAGUCAAAA